AUGGCGCUCUCGGCGUAUUCGCUCCGUUCGCUCAUAGUCACGUACAACUCCCGUAACAGAUCUUCAAUGAACGCUACCAUCGAGAACCUGAAGAACGCUCUCCGUUGGACGUCUCCUUCCGAGUCUUCCUCUCCUUCUUCUGCUCCUUCUUCUGCUCCUUCUUCUGCUCCGUCUUCUUCAUGGUCUCCGCCCUGGCCUGUGCCGCGGCGCGUUGGGCGGCGGCAGUGGCGAGUGACGUAUCUGAAGUCUCCCUUCAAGUACAAAUAUGCGUUGAGACACUAUGUUUUCGAAGACCAUCGAUACGCCUUCGCGUUCUACGACGUCAACAGUGUGCAGGAAGUCGUCAGCGCCGCUCUCGGCGCCAUGGCUGGCGAAACCUGCUGCUCCUGCCGCUUCUCAUGGCGGUUCGCAGGAAGGCCGCCAGUCUCUCUCCCCACACCUCCCCGUCUCGUCCCCUCCUCUCGCGCUGCGUCUCUCUUGUCUUCUCGCUCUUCGUCAGAGGACGGAGAGGUCAGUAGAGAGCCUGUCGAGGGAGGAGAGAAGACCUCGGGUGUGAAGAAGGCUCCACACUUGGCGACAGUCCUUCGCGGACACUGCCCCACAGACAAGGAAUUUAUUCGAAGGGCGCUCGAGGAAGAACAAGCAGUCGAACGCAUUCGAAAGAAACUCGACAAGAAACAGCUGCAAUGGUUCCCUGGAAAAACACCCUGGGCUCCAAAAUGA